CCCCAUAUUCCACUGGGAAAGAGAGAGAGAGGGAGAGAGAGGGAGUGAGUGUGAGAGAGAGAGAGAGAGAGAGUGAGAGAGAACCUGGGAUAAGAGCAACGAAAGAAAAAGAGGAGAGAAAAACGGAACAACGACACAAAUGGCACUCAUGGCAGGGAUUUUGUUCACGGCCACCUUUGUUUUUGGGAUAUCUACAUUUGUUUCGCCGGCACGGAUAUACCCCCCAAAUGAAGUCACGUUACUGGACUCCAGAGCUGUACAGGGGGAGCUGGGAUGGGUCGCCAACCCGACAGAAGGAGGGUGGGAGGAAGUGAGUAUUAUGGAUGAAAAGAACAUUCCCAUUCGGACGUACCAGGUGUGUAAUGUCAUGGAACCCAACCAGAACAACUGGCUCCGCACUGACUGGAUCCCCCGCGGUGGUGCCCAGCGUGUCUACAUUGAGAUCAAGUUCACCCUCCGAGACUGCAACAGCCUUCCUGGGGUCAUGGGAACCUGCAAGGAAACCUUCAACCUUUACUACUAUGAGUCCAACAAUGACAAAGAGCGGUACAUCCGUGAAAACCAGUUUGGCAAGAUUGACACCAUCGCCGCAGAUGAGAGCUUCACUCAGGUGGACAUCGGCGAUCGCAUCAUGAAGCUGAACACAGAGGUGCGAGAUGUGGGUGCCCUGACCCGGAAGGGUUUCUAUUUGGCCUUCCAGGAUGUUGGAGCAUGCAUUGCACUUGUGUCUGUCAGGGUCUUCUACAAGAAAUGUCCUUUAGCAGUGCGUAACUUGGCCCAGUUUCCCGAUACCAUCACUGGAGCUGAUACCUCCUCACUUGUGGAAGUUCGUGGCUCAUGCGUGGAUAAUUCAGAAGAGAAGGAGGUUCCCAAGAUGUACUGCGGGGCUGACGGAGAGUGGUUGGUGCCCAUUGGGAACUGCCUGUGCAACCCUGGAUAUGAUGAGCGCAAUGCAGAAUGUCAAGCCUGUAAGAUUGGUUACUACCGCGCUCUGGCCACUGAUGGCUCCUGUUCCAAGUGUCCGCUCCACAGUUACUCCGUCAGGGAGGGAUCCACCUCCUGCGUCUGCGACAAGGGAUACUUCCGCUCGGAAACCGACCCAGCAUCCAUGCCCUGUACCCGUCCUCCAUCAGCACCUGUCCACCUCAUCUCCAAUGUAAACGAGACUUCUGUAAACCUGGAGUGGAGCCCGCCACGGAGCUCAGGAGGACGCCAGGACUUGACAUACAAUGUGGUGUGUAAGCGCUGCGGGCCCGAUGGCCGGCGUUGUCAACCCUGUGGUAACGGCAUCCACUUCAGCCCCCAGCAACUGAGCCUGAAGGGAACCAGGGUGUCCAUCAAUGAGCUGCAGGCCCACACCAACUACACCUUUGAGGUGUGGGCGGUGAACGGAGUCUCGCCUCAGAGCCCCGGGCCAGAACAGGCUGUGUCGGUGACCGUCACCACCAACCAGGCUGCUCCCUCUCCAGUGACUUCCAUCCAGGCGAAAGAUAUCACAAGACACACCAUCUCACUGGCCUGGCAGCCACCGGAUAGAGCCAAUGGGGUCAUCUUAGAGUAUGAAGUCAAGUACUAUGAGAAGGACCAAAAUGAAAGAAGCUACCGAAUCAUAAAAACAUCAUCAAGGAACACUGACAUCAAGGGCCUCAGCCCCCUCACUUCCUACGUGUUCCACGUGCGUGCUCGCACAGCAGCAGGCUACGGGGAAUUCAGUGGCCCAUUUGAGUUCAUGACCAACUCUGUCCCGGCUCCCAUUAUUGGUGAUGGGGCCAACUCCACAGUGUUACUGGUGUCAGUGGUGGGCAGCGUGGUCCUCCUCAUCAUCCUCAUCAGCGCUUUUGUCAUCAGCCGAAGAAGGAGUAAGUACAGCAAGGCCAAGCAGGACUCUGACGAAGAAAAGCACUUACAUCAAGGAGUGAGGAUAUAUGUUGACCCCUUCACCUACGAGGACCCAAACCAAGCUGUCCGAGAGUUCGCCAAAGAGAUUGACGCCUCCUGUAUCAAGAUUGAGAAAGUCAUUGGCAUUGGGGAGUUCGGCGAGGUCUGCAGCGGCCGCCUGAAGAUGCCGGGCAAGAGAGAGAUCUGUGUGGCUAUCAAGACUCUGAAGGCCGGCUACACUGACAAGCAGAGAAGGGACUUCCUGUCUGAGGCCAGCAUCAUGGGCCAGUUUGACCAUCCAAACAUCAUUCACCUAGAGGGCGUGGUCACCAAAUGUAAGCCAGUGAUGAUUAUCACAGAGUACAUGGAAAACGGAUCGCUGGAUGCAUUCCUGAGGAAGAACGAUGGCCGCUUCACAGUCAUCCAGCUGGUCGGCAUCCUGCGUGGCAUCGCGUCGGGCAUGAAAUACCUGUCAGACAUGAGCUACGUUCACCGCGACCUCGCGGCACGCAACAUCCUGGUCAACAGCAACCUGGUGUGCAAGGUGUCUGACUUUGGCAUGUCCCGAGUGCUGGAGGACGACCCCGAGGCUGCAUACACCACUAGGGGAGGGAAGAUCCCCAUCCGCUGGACGGCCCCAGAGGCCAUUGCUUACAGGAAGUUCACCUCGGCCAGCGAUGUGUGGAGCUACGGCAUCGUCAUGUGGGAGGUGAUGUCAUACGGCGAGCGACCAUACUGGGACAUGAGUAAUCAAGAUGUAAUCAAGGCUAUUGAUGAGGGCUAUCGGCUGCCACCGCCCAUGGACUGCCCCGUGGCACUCCAUCAGCUCAUGCUGGACUGCUGGCAGCGAGAGAGGGCCGACCGGCCAAAGUUUGGACAGAUCGUCAACAUGCUGGACAAGCUGAUCCGCAACCCCAACACUCUGAAGAGGACCGGGGGAGAGACCACUGUCAGGCCCAACACCACCCUACUGGAGCCAGGGAGCCCCGAGGCGUCCUCGGCCAUGGGAACAGUGGAGGACUGGCUGCAGGCCAUUGGCAUGGAGAGAUACAGCGACAACUUCACCGCCGCCGGCUACACCACUCCAGAGGCUGUGGUCCACAUGACACAAGACGACAUGGCUCGCAUAGGUAUAUCCUCAGCAGCACACCAGAACAAGAUCCUGACCAGCGUCCAGGGAAUGCUGUCCCAAAUGCAACAGAUGCAAGGCAGAAUGGUUCCCGUCUGAGAGAUUUAAACACAGAAAAAGGAAAAGGAAGCAAAGCGACUUCGUUUCUUAUUAAAAAAAAAAAAA